AUGUCAAUGGAUGGAUCUCAAAAGGCAGAGUACAUUAGUAUAGCUGAACUCGUUGAAACGGAUGUAAGAUUUGUGAAGCUGAAGCAGCAGCUUUCACAUUAUGAAAAGGACUCCCGCGAAUAUCUCGAGGCACUCUACGAUCUAAUGCCCUUGUCAUCAUAUCUGAACUAUAAGAAGUUUUUAAAGCAGCAAUCUGUGCCUGCAGCGGGGAGCAAAUCACAAUCAGGAUACAGCGCUACUUACCGAAGUGCUUUGAGCCCAAACAAACUGAUAUCUUGCGUGCAUCCGAAACUUGCAACAGCGUUUGAUUUGUUUAACUUUUCUGUAGAGUGUCAUCCAGACAACGAUUGCUUAGGCGAAAGAAUCAAAGACCCUAUAACGGGUCAAUUGAGUGAAUACUACGUUUUUGAAACGUACCGUGAAAUUCAAGAGAGGAGUAGAAACUUUGGAAGUGGGAUUAUGACCAUCGUAAAUCUCAAACGUCAGAAAAGUUUCGAUGAAAAUGGCUUUAUCGUGUCAAUUAUGUCGGCGAAUCGUAAGGAAUGGAUCAUUGCCGACUUGGCUUGCCAGGCCUAUUCGCUAGCUAAUACUGCGUUAUAUGAGACAUUAGGUCCGGAAACUUCGGAGUUUAUCAUGAACCUCACAGAAUCUCCAGUGUUAAUACUAUCUCAAAACAAUAUUUACAGAGCUUUGGAGUUAUUGCCCAAACUGCCAAAUUUGAAUACUCUGAUUUGCAUGGAUAACUUGGAUUCAGACGAAUUGUUUCAGCUGAACAACUCUUUGCUACCUAAGAAACGUAAUGAAAAGGGAGAAGCGAUUUCGCUACUAACUUUGAAACAAGUUGAAGAUAUUGGUGCGAGGAACAAAGUUCCACUUAUCCCCCCUAAGCCAGAAACUUUGUACACCAUUUCAUUUACGUCAGGUACCACGGGUGUUCCCAAAGGUGUAGAAAUGAAGCACAGUCACAUUUCUGCUGGUGUGGCAAUGGCGGCUUCAACGUUUCGUAUACCUGCUGCAAAGCGCGGAAAGCAGUUACAUGACAUGUGCUUUCUCCCACUUGCGCAUAUUUUUGAGAGAAUGAUCUCUGGCUAUGCUCUGUCACGAGGAAUUGGUUUAGGCUUUCUUCACAAAGCAGAUCCAGCAGUGUUGGUGGAGGAUUUAAAGUUACUCAAGCCCGACAUUUUAUCGCUCGUGCCACGGGUUUUAACUAAAUUUGAAGCAGGGAUCAAGAAUUCUUUGACCAACGACUCAGUUUCUUCAAUGGCUAAAUCCGUUGCAAAAAACAUUUUAAACAAGAAGCAAGCACGUUUCACUGCUCGGGGUGGACAAGAUCACUCACUGAUAAAUAAUAUGGUCUUUCACAGGGUUCUCAUAGAUCGUAUUCGUGCAUCCUUGGGCCUAGAAAACACAGAUUUUCUAAUCACAGGGUCGGCGCCCAUCUCCAAUGACACUUUACUUUUCAUGAAAAGUGCUUUGGAUUGCGGAAUUCGCCAGGGAUAUGGUUUGACGGAGAGCUAUGCUGGAAUUUGCAUCAGUGAACCACAUGAGCGGGAUUCGGGGUCAUGUGGUGGGAUUGGUAUAAGCACAGAAUGCAGACUGAAAUCGGUGCCCGAAAUGGGCUAUGAUGCUGAAAAACAUCUCAAGGGUGAGUUGCAGCUUCGUGGCCCUCAAAUAUUUGACUUGUAUUUCAAGAAUAAGAAGGAAACGAACAAGGUAUUGGACUCUGAUGGAUGGUUCUCUACGGGGGAUAUUGGACAUAUCGAUGAAAAAGGACGUUUACGUAUCGUUGACAGAGUCAAGAAUUUUUUCAAACUGGCUCAAGGAGAAUAUAUCGCUCCAGAAAAGAUUGAGAACUUGUACCUGUCAUCUUGCCCUUAUUUGACCCAACUAUUUAUUCAUGGGGAUUCUUUACGCACCUAUCUUGUGGCCGUUGUGGGUUUGGACAUGGAAAGUGUAACACCAAUAUUACACCGCAGAAUUCCUAGUCUCGGUCACCUCUACGGCCAAGAUUUGAUCAACGCAUUAAAUGACAGAGUACCGGAGAAAACGCAAUUAUUGAAAUUAAUAAAUGGAUUUAUCAAGGGUUUGCAAGGAUUUGAGAAGAUUCAUAAUAUCGUGGUUGGAAUUGAACCUCUUAAAGUUGAAGACGACACAAUAACCCCCACCUUCAAAGUGAAAAGAGCGAAAGCUAUCAAGCAUUUUCGAUCAGAGUUCGAUCACCUUUACGAACAAGGCUCACUAAUUAGAAACGAAAAAUUAUGA